AUGGCGGAGCUGCAAAUGCUGCUGGAGGAGGAAAUUCCUGCUGGACGGAGGGCUUUACUGGACAGUUUUUCUAACUUGGAGAGAGUAGCCGAGUACUGCGAGAGCAACUAUGUCCAGUCUGCAGACAAACAGCAAGCGUUGGAGGAGACCAAGAGCUACACCACCCAGUCUCUGGCCAGUGUGGCCUACCUCAUCAACACGCUGGCCAACAACGUGCUGCAGAUGCUCGACAUCCAGGCCUCGCAGCUCCGCCGCAUGGAGAGCUCUGUCAACCACAUCUCACAGACGGUCAACAUCCACAAAGAGAAGGUGGCGAGGAGAGAGAUCGGCAUCUUGACUACCAAUAAGAACACGACUCGCUCUCAUAAGAUCGUCGCUCCGUCCAAUCCAGAGAGACCCGUACGCUACAUCAGGAAACCCAUCGACUACGGCGUGCUGGACGACAUCGGACAUGGAGUCAAGUGGUUGUUGAGGUUCAAGGUGAACGGUCAGCAGAACACUAAACUAGGAGGAGGUCUGUCCCGGACUAACCCCCCAACACAGAAGCCACCAAGCCCUCCGAGGGCCGGCAAAGGCAUCUUAGGGAAGAACUCCCCCUACAGGACUCUGGAGCCAGUGCGCCCCCCGGUGGUGCCCAAUGAUUAUGUCUCCAGCCCCACCAGAAACAACAUGCAACAGCUUCCUAGUCCGGCUCGCACCGCCACCCUCAACCAUCGACCCCGAACGUACAGCGGCAGUAGCGGCGGCAGUCACCCCAGCAGCAGCAGUCGCAGCAGCAGCAGAGAGAACAGCGGCAGUGGCAGCGUGGGCGUUCCUAUCGCUGUGCCAACGCCUUCACCGCCCUCCACCUUCCCAGUGUCCCCGACUGCUGGACCUACUAGCUCCUCCUCCACUGCUCCUAACUCCUCCCCCUCCCCUUCACCAACCCCGUCCUCCUUCUCCUCAUCCUCCUCCACCACCACUUUAACUCACCCCAACGCUCCUCUGCCUCCAAACUCACCCUCACAGCACGCUGACUCUUCACCUCCAAACUCACAAUCACCUGCUCCCACCAGCACCUCCCCACCCUCUAACCCCGCCCACGGCACGUCUGACGUCCAAUCGGCCGCUUUGCCUGCAGAGUCGUCUCCUCUCCUCCCUCCUGCCCCUCCUUCUCCACUCUUCUCCUCUUCCUACUCACCUCCGCCUGCUGAAGGUCCCAUCGUCCCCCAGUUCUUCAGUAUGAACCGGCCACAGCCCCGACAGCAGACUCCACAGGUGGGAGGGUCCCUGCCCUACCGUCGGCCCCCAUCUGUGACCGGUCAGCCAAUCCUAGCACAGAACCAGGUCAACGGGGGUCCGUACUUCAACCAGAGCCCAGCAUCCCCCCCGCCUCCUUCCAUCCUACAGUUCACUCCUCAGCUUCCUCUGAUGGGAUUUGUGGCUCGAGUUCAAGAAUCCAUCACAGACUCCACAUCUCCUCCCCCUCCUCCUCACCCAGUCUCCGUUCCUGAGAGCCAACCACUGCCUGAGGAGACUCCAACCACUCCUCAGCCCCUGGAGGACGGACAUGAGGAGGAGGACUCGGCUGUAGUCGAGUACAAUGACCCGUACGCUGAAGAAGACCCUCCAUGGGCCCCCAGGAACUACCUGGAGAAAGUGGUGGCCAUCUAUGACUACACGGCCGACAAAGAGGAUGAGCUGUCAUUCCAGGAAGGAGCGAUCAUCUACGUCAUCAAGAAGAACGAGGACGGCUGGUUCGAGGGCGUGAUGAACGCCACCACCGGCCUAUUCCCUGGGAACUACGUGGAGUCUAUAAUGCACUACGCAGACUGAGUGUGUGUUGUCUUUGAGUGCAAACAGAGAGUGUGUGUCCUCUUUGUGUGUGCAGAGAGUGUUUGUGUGUUCUCACACCUGCAGAGCAGCUCCUCUGAUCUGAAGCAGGAGAGAAAAGUCUACAAGGCUCCAUUUUUGUUUGAGUACUUUUUAAAUUCACACUAAGAUGAUGAACGGAUCAGAAUUCAGCCAUGAAGUCACAAACAUUUUGACUCCUAGUAUGUUUUGCUUUCUGAGCUGCACCCAUCUCUUUUUACCCAUAAGGCCUUGCUUGCAUUUAGGGGUUGUUCUUACUUUGUUCUUGAACACUACACCUUUCUUUUUCAAGCAAUGAGAGGCAUUGUCGUAUUUGUUUGGUGUGAAGGUGUCCUUAGGUACAUCUAGAGAGGAGAAAACUUGUUUAGUUUUUCCUUGUGAUUGCAAGAAAUUUAAGACCUUUAUGUCAGAUUUUAAUCACAAAAUAUACUCAGUAACUUUG